UGAAGAUAUGCAUUUUGCUCCAUAGAAGAACAUGACAACCACAGCAAGCCUCAUCUCCUGCAACUGCUCUUUCUUCCCACUCAAAAACACCCCCAAAUUCAGAAUCUCACCUCAAAACCCUAAUUCCAAAACCCCAUUUCUCAGAACAUCAAGUUCAUUUCACGGACCCACAAUCUCUCACUCCCACAGAAAAAAGGGUCUGCUGCAAAUAUGCCUGAGUUCAAUGAACACUCAGAAUUCACAAAACCCACAAAACCCCGAUUUGGAGAGAGAAGAUUCUUUGGCAAGUGAGCUCGGUGGCCAUGGAGGAAGAACAAGUAGUAGUCCUGGUGGGGAUGGUGGGGACUGGACGACGUCGUUUCUGCUUUUCUUGCUGUGGGGUGGACUCAUGUACUAUAUCUUCAACCUCACACCUAAUCAGACUCCGUCAAGGGACAUGUAUUUCUUAGAAAAACUUCUGAAUUUGAAGGGUGAUGAUGGCUUCCAGAUGAAUGAAGUACUUGUUUCUCUGUGGUACAUCAUGGGUUUGUGGCCUUUAGCAUAUAGUAUGCUGCUGCUUCCAACUGGUAGAAGCUCAAAAAGCAAAAUUCUUGUCUGGCCAUUCCUCAUACUUUCAUGCUUUGGUGGUGCAUAUGCUCUUCUUCCCUAUUUUGUUCUUUGGAGACCGCCACCUCCUCCUAUUGAAGAAACUGAGUUUGGAAAAUGGCCUCUUAAUUUUCUGGAGUCAAAGUUAACUGCUGGGAUAUCACUUGCUGCAGGACUAGGUAUUAUCAUUUAUGCUGGUUUAGCUAAUGGAGAUGUCUGGAAGGAAUUUUACCAGUACUUCCGGGAGAGCAAAUUUAUCCAUGUCACCUGCAUCGAUUUUACUCUGCUGUCAGCAUUUGCUCCUUUCUGGGUUUAUAAUGACAUGACUACUCGGAAAUGGUAUGACAAAGGCUCAUGGCUUCUUGCCUUGUCGGUAAUUCCAUUCUUGGGUCCUUCUCUGUAUCUUCUCCUGAGGCCGUCAUUAGCAUCAGUACCUGUUACAUUGAGCCCAACCUCUUCAGAAGAGAACUAGAACAUACAUUCCAUAAUUUGGUCUUCCUUCCCGGAUUUGGAAGCCACUGCAUCCAAACAGGCAGGACGAAAAUUGAACUGGGAAAUUUCAAAUGCCAUCCAAACACAUGUAUAUUCACAUGAAUAUUAAAUUCUACAUGUUUAGAACCUCAUUUCUUCUUCUUUUGGUGGAUCUGUUUGGACAGAAGGAUAGGCAACGGACCUAAAUUCCAUCUAUUGGUUUAAACCUUUUUGUUGAGAUAAAUGAAGCCUGCUGUGAGAACUGUGAAAAUUUA